AUGACAAAAGACUACGGGGCAAUAGUCAAGACAGUACCGGCAUCCGACGAGAGCGACUUCUACUGCUCGGGCAUGUCGGGGGUGUCUGGUCUCUCAGGCUUCAGCUCCUCUGCAACCUCCCGCUCGAGCAGCCCCGGUGGCGGAUCGCGCACACCACUGCUCUCCCACCAGCAUCGUACAAGCCGGACACAGGCAGACGACGAAGACCUCGACGAGCUCACCGCUGCCGAGAGGCGAGAGUACGAGCGCGGCCUCCUCACAUGGGACCGCGCAAGUAACUGGCGCUUCUGGAUCAGGCGGGAGUGGAUCGGCUGGUAUGCUCUGGGACUGCUGCUCAUGGUGGGCGUGAGCCUUGUCGCAGUCUUCCAUCGACAGAUAAUUCACCAUCUCAUGCCCUUUGUCUACGAUGUGCGCGGCGUGCCGUUUGGUUGGAUUGUGCCUAUUGGCGUCAUCGCCGUCCUAUCCUUUCCUCCUCUGUUUGGAAACGAGAUUGUCCUGUUACUCACGGGGCUGGUGUGGGGCUUCAAGCGCGGCAGCGCCAUCGUUGCCGCCGGUACGCUUAUUGGCGAGCUGGCCAGCUUUACCGUGUUCCGCACAUGCUGCCGCAAACGGGCAAGCCGCUUCUCCCGCCAGAGCCUCAACUAUGCCUGCCUGAGCCGCGUCAUCGAGGAAGGCGGCCUGUUCGUGGCCUGGCUGGUGCGGCUCAGUGCUGUGCCAACACAUGUAUCAACUGUCAUCUUUGCGGUCUGCGGCUUGGACUAUCCACGCUUCAUCUCCGCGCUUCUCCUGUCGCUACCUAAGCAGCUCAUCGCCGUAUACGUAGGCGUGGUUGUCACGGACGAAAAGGCCGGCGACGAGGACCGCAUCCUGAGCGAUGUAGUUCUUGGUGUCACCAUCAUGAUCACCCUCCUCGCCCUUUGGGACCUCAACAGGCGCAUGCUGCGCGUUCGCAAGCGCGUCUUUCUCGAAAUGCGCGAGGACCUCAAGCGCCACGGCGUGCAUGAGCCCCCGCCACCGGGUACGCCAGAGCCCGAGUGCGAGUCCGAAGAGAGGGCUUAG